AUGUCGCUACAGGAAGAUGUCCUUGCAGCUCAGCUGCGUAAGGCAUGCAUCGACACUGGUUUCUUCUACGUUUUUAAUCAUGGCGUAGCACAGGACCUGAUCGAGCAGAUCUUCGAGGAGAACAGGAAGUUCUUUGCCCUUCCUGAGGCUGCCAGGCGAGAGAUCCUCGUUGAUAAGAACAACAGGGGUUGGACCCCCCUGUCAGAGGAGACCUUAGACAGAGCCAAUCAGACGGAGGGGGACACGAAGGAGGGCCUCUACUUUGGAAGGGAGGUUCCUGCAGACAGCACAGAAGCUGCCCAGCCCUUCACUGGGCCCAACCAGUGGCCAUCGCCGGAGCUGCUGCCGGAGUACAGGAGGGUGACUAACACGUACUUCAGCGCGGUGACUGAUCUGGGCAUGCGGAUGCUGCGGCUGCUGGCGCUAGCGCUCGGCCUGGCGCCCGAUUAUUUCCUGCCCAUGUUUGGCCGGCCCAUGCUGUUCCUGCGCCCGUUGCACUACAUUCCCCGCCGCUCCCAACCGGACCAGGGCAUUUUUGCGGCGGGCGCGCACAGCGAUUAUGGGAUGCUGACGCUGCUGGCGACGGACGAUGCACCCGGGCUGCAGAUCUGGCUGCCCUCUGCCGGCCGCUUUGUGGACGUCCCGCCAAAGCCCGGCGCCUUCAUCGUCAACCUGGGAGACAUGCUGGAACGGUGGACGAAUGGGCUGUUCAAGUCGACGCUGCACCGGGUGGUGACUGAUGGGUCACGUCACCGCUACUCCAUCCCAUUCUUCUUUGAGCCAAACUUUGACACGCGCGUGGAAUGCCUGCCCUGCUGCUGCGGCCCUGACAAUCCCCCACGAUAUCCUCCAACAACGAGUGGGCAGCAUUUGCUGGACAAGUAUGCGCAGACUCAUGCUGGGUUUGAUGCCACCAGCAAAACUUCCAGCGCUGUGACAGCUGGUGCGCAUGCAGAUGUAUAG